GGAAUGGCACUUCAAGUCUUCAUGUUUGUCGUUGUAGCACUUUGAUCUUGACUUGAAUAAAUUGUGUUUGUCAAUUAUCAAAACCUGUGAGUCAACACUUAACAACACAGAAAGGGUUGAACUCAUGCAUUCCAACAAGGAGCUCAUUGCCUCAAACACAGCCUUGAAAGCCCAAGUAGAGUACUUGGCUAAAGAGGUAGCCAAGCUUACGAAGAUGAAACUCAACGAGCUCCAAGGAAGUGACCGUGAAGAAGACGCUAGCUCUAGUGGAACCAUGAAGCCUAAGGCCGAUGAAGGUUCUGACUUCAAAGUUGACAUUCCAACUUUUGAAGGGAAGAACGACCCGGACGAGUUCAUCGAGUGGCUAGAAACAGUGGAACGCGUCUUUGACUUCAAAGAUGUUUCCGACGAAAAGAAGGUCAAAAUAGUGGCCUUAAAGUUCCGGAAGUAUGCAUCAACUUGGUGGACCAAUACUUGCACCAAAAGAAGAAGGAACGGUAUAGAACCAGUGUCUACUUGGACUAAGAUGAGGUCCCUCUUAAAGAAGAAGUUCUUACCUGCUGAAUAUGUUCGAGAGAAUUUUGCUAAGCUCCAAACACUUAAGCAAGGUUCAAAAUCCGUGGAGGAUUACAACCGAGAGUUUGAGGAACUCUUAUUGAGGUGUGACCUACAAGAAGACGAUGAGCAAACCUUUGUACGCUACCUAUUUGGCCUAAACACCCAAAUCGCCAACACAGUGGAGCUGCAAACCUUUGAGAGCCUUGAAGAGUUAACCAAGUUAGCACUUAAGGGAUUCCAUGGAGGAAUGCGUGGGAAAAAGAACACUCAUUUUGAGUGUGCAAAGUUGUGUUUCCAAGUUUCCCUCUUCCGAGAACCAAAGCAAAGCGUGUUCGAAGAUGAAGGUUCAAAUGUGAUUGAGUCUCACCCCGAAGAUGAACUCGAACAAAACUCGAGUUUGAGGGCAAACUCUUUCGAAGAAGGGGAGGAUGUUAGAUAUCCGGGAGCAUCCACGAAGACUUUCCGUAGCCCACAAAAGGGAAGGCGGUUCAAGAGAAUGAGGCCGAAAUUUAAAAUGGAUAUAGAAGACAUAAUUCAAUCAUUAGGUGGAGACCUUUGUCCAAUUGAAGCUGGAUUGGUGAAGGCAACCACUGACCAUCUCUUAACGAUCAUUGAGUCUGAUUUUGAUUUUACUGAUAGAGUUAUCAAGAACAAGCCGUACCCAAAGUCAAGGUACUACCGUGGUGUGCCAGACCCAAAGAGGAUCUAUGAUGUGGGGAUGAAGAAAAAGGGGGUUGAUGAGUUCCCCUACUGUGUGCAUUUGGUCAGUUGGGAAAAGGAAAAUGUGUCCAGGUUCACCCCUUCCAUGUCUUGCGUAUUAACAAGAUGUUGUCAUGUGCUGGAGCUGAUAGGCUCCAAACUGGAAUGUGAGGUGCUUUUUGGGAAGCCACAGGGGGUUUGUGCCCGAGUUGCCAUUGGACAAGUUCUUCUCUCUAUUCGUUGCAAGGAUGCCAAUGGAGUCCAUGCUCAGGAGGCCCUUCGCCGUGCAAAGUUUAAGUUCCCUGGCCGUCAAAAGAUCAUUGUUAGCCGCAAAUGGGGAUUCACCAAGUUGAACAGCUCGGACUAUGUGAACUACAAGAAAGAGAAUCGUCUUGUGAAUGAUGGUGUCAAUGCCAAGCUCCUUGGAUGCCAUGGGCCACUUGCAAAUCGUCAACCUGGAAGAGCGUUUUUGACGGCUGUUUAAGACACCUUAUGGGCACAAUCCUUUGUUUUGGCGCAUUUAGUGUUCCAAUUUUGUGUUCAAGAAGAUAAUUUCUUCAUGGAACUUAUGUUUGUUUUUGAAUUAAUGUGGAUUGCAACU